AUCCCUCUGUGUCGCACCAGAACGGCCGCUUCGUUCCGAGGCUGCGGGGCCGGGCGCGGCGGCGUCAAGAUGGCGGCUGCGGCAGUGGCGGCGGCGGCUGCUGCGGCGGCGGCUGCGUCCCUUCAGGUGCUGGAGAUGGAGAGCAUGGAGACGGCCGCCGCCGGCUCAGCAGGCCUGGCCGCCGAAGUCCGGGGCAGCGGCACGGUGGACUUCGGGCCCAGCCCGGGAAUCUCGGCCAUGGAGGCUAGCGGGGGUGAUCCGGGCCCGGAGGCCGAGGACUUCGAGUGCAGCUCCCAUUGCUCGGAGCUGUCCUGGCGGCAGAAUGAGCAGCGGCGCCAGGGCCUCUUCUGCGACAUUACCCUGUGUUUCGGCGGCGCCGGAGGCCGCGAGUUCCGGGCCCACCGCUCGGUGCUGGCCGCCGCCACCGAGUACUUCACGCCGCUGCUCUCGGGCCAGUUUUCCGAGUCCCGCUCGGGCCGGGUGGAGAUGCGCAAGUGGAGCUCGGAGCCGGGGCCAGAGCCCGACACGGUGGAGGCCGUUAUCGAGUACAUGUACACCGGGCGCAUCCGCGUCAGCACGGGCAGCGUGCACGAGGUGCUGGAGUUGGCCGACCGGUUCCUCUUAAUUCGUUUAAAAGAAUUUUGUGGAGAAUUUCUUAAGAAAAAACUCCAUCUUUCAAACUGUGUGGCCAUUCAUAGCUUAGCUCACAUGUACACCCUGAGCCAGCUUGCUCUGAAAGCUGCCGAUAUGAUACGGAGAAACUUCCACAAAGUCAUUCAAGAUGAGGAAUUUUACACUUUACCCUUCCAUCUCAUUCGAGACUGGCUUUCGGACUUGGAAAUUACGGUUGAUUCUGAGGAGGUCCUCUUUGAAACGGUUUUGAAGUGGGUUCAGAGAAAUGCUGAAGAAAGAGAAAGAUACUUUGAAGAACUCUUUAAGUUACUCAGAUUGUCCCAGAUGAAACCUACCUACCUGACUCGGCAUGUCAAACCAGAGCGGCUCGUGGCCAGUAACGAAGUUUGUGUCAAGUUGGUGGCCGACGCGGUGGAGAGGCACGCUCUGAGAGCUGAGAAUAUACAGUCUGGCACCUUCCAGCUUCCUGCUUCUCAUGUCUCGUUGUUACCUCGCUAUGGGCAAAACAUGGAUGUGAUUAUGGUUAUUGGAGGUGUGUCAGAGGGAGGGGACUAUUUAAGUGAAUGUGUGGGAUAUUUUGUUGAUGAGGACAGAUGGGUAAACCUACCCCAUAUCCAUAAUCACCUUGAUGGACAUGCUGUUGCCGUAACAGAAUCCUAUGUGUAUGUUGCUGGAUCGAUGGAGCCAGGGUUUGCCAAAACUGUGGAAAGGUAUAACCCAAAUUUGAACACAUGGGAACACGUCUGCAGUCUAAUGACGAGAAAGCAUUCUUUUGGACUAACAGAAGUCAAGGGGAAGCUCUACAGCAUUGGAGGCCAUGGCAACUUUAGCCCUGGCUUUAAAGAUGUCACUGUUUAUAAUCCCGAACUCGAUAAAUGGCACAACCUAGAAUCCGCACCAAAGAUUCUUCGAGAUGUGAAAGCGCUCGCCAUCGAAGACCGGUUCGUGUACAUUGCUGCCCGUACUCCUGUGGACCGGGACACUGAAGACGGCCUGAAGGCUGUAAUUACUUGCUAUGACACAGAGACACGACAGUGGCAAGAUGUGGAAUCUUUGCCACUUAUUGACAAUUACUGCUUUUUCCAGAUGUCUGUGGUCAAUUCGAACUUUUAUCAGACAGCGUCAUGCUGUCCUAAGAGUUAUUCUUUAGAAAACGAAGAGGCAGUGAGGAAAAUUGCCAGCCAGGUGUCUGAUGAGAUCCUCGAAAGCUUGCCUCCAGAGGUCCUGAGCAUUGAAGGGGCUGCCAUUUGCUAUUACAAAGAUGAUGUCUUCAUUAUCGGAGGCUGGAAAAACAGUGACGACAUUGACAAACAGUACCGGAAAGAAGCCUACCGGUACUGCGCUGAGAGAAAGAGGUGGAUGCUGCUUCCUCCCAUGCCGCAGCCCCGAUGUAGAGCCACUGCGUGCCACGUGCGGAUCCCCUACCGCUACCUGCAUGGCACUCAGAGAUAUCCCAUGCCUCAAAACCUAAUGUGGCAGAAGGACCGCAUCAGACAGAUGCAAGAAAUACAUCGGCACGCCCUGAACAUGCGGCGCGUGCCAAGCUCGCAGAUCGAAUGCUAGGUUCUCGAAUACGUGCAGCUUAAAACUGGCGUCCGUGCUUCAGGAGGCUGAAGCUCUCCAGACUGUUACUUGAAAAAGUAUGUCAGAAACUUAUUUUCUGCCUGAACUGAUUCUGACCCCGUAAAUAGGAAGUAUAGUUAAGACUGAAGAGUGGGGAGUUCAAAACUGAUAACGUGUUAGCUUGCGAUCUUUAUCAGCUUUGCUUUUUGUACGUGCUGACCGAAGAAGAGCUUAUUAAAGACAAGUGGAAAAACUAGGUGUAGUUACUCGGCUGUUUUUCUGCCAACGAGUUAGAAGUCCUUUGUGUAAGGGACUUGGGUUUGAACAUGCUUUAUGCAUCAUUCUUAUUUGCACUUUUGCUUUGAUACUUCUAUUCAUUUCUUCCGGAAUGGUUGGUUUUGACAAGGUCAGAAUCGAGCCCUCAUCUGCAGGAGGUGUGUGCAAUAGCAAGACUGAAAUUUGAAGGAAAAAGCACAAUAUUUCAGCAAGAUGAUUUCAGAAUGUUUGCAUUGGCAUUUUGUUGUGUGUGUCUAUCUAGAACCGCUAUUUAGUUCAUUUCUAGAAGGAGGUGACUGAGGAGAUGUUUGGGAUUGGCUCAUGCUUUUUUAAAAUAUUGUUCCUUAAAUAUAUUUCCUUAACAGCUUAUGGACUUCAGGUCCUUUCUCUGAGAUGAUGUAAUUGGUGACCGUGUGAGCUGAUUCAGUACAGGGGAAAUCACAUAUGUGCAAUGUGUUUAAAGAAGAAAAGCAUUAGAACAGGUUGAGAAAUCAAAGGCAUCUGAAAUUUAAAAUCACUUUUUGCAGCAGUUGCAGGCUCCAGGAUAUGUCAGUGAGUAUAAAUAAUGCCUAUGACAAUCACCACUCAAUGCCUUCCAUUUUAAUUUUUGCUCUAAUGCAUAUUGUGUAAACUCUUCAUCAUUCCUUCCUAAAAAGAAACUAUUUUUUCAAAAUGGGAGAGAAGUAACAGUUUAGAGAAAUAUUGCUGAAGAAAAUCCUUAUUAUUUUUGGCCCUGAUUAUCAUAACGUUUAUUCAUUGCCAUUGACUUCUAUCCGAAUUUUGCCUGAGCCUAUGAUACCUAAAUUUGGGUGUAUAAUUUAGGCUCUUAAAAAUUUAUCACCAUGGUUAUUUUUAUUUUUGUGUAUUUUUAAGAGAUUAAUUUAUUUAUUUGAAAGGCAGAGCAACAGAGAGAAAGAAAAAGAGAUUUUUCUAUCCACUAGUUCACCUCCCAUAUGGCCACAGCAGCCCAGGUCUAGGCCAGGCUGAAGCCAGGAGCCAAGAACUGUAUCCUGGUACUUCACAUGGGUGGCAGAAGCGCAAGCACUUGGGCCAUUUCUACUGCCUUCCCUGGCACAUCAGCAGGAAACUGGAUUGGAAAUGGAGUAACUGGGCCUUGAACCAGCACUCCAGUAUGGUAUGCUGGUGGUGGCAAGCAUCGGCUUAGCCCAUUGUGCUAGGAUGCCGCAGAGCGUUCUUCUGCUUCUCUUACGCACUCCUAUACUUUAUUGUGGGUUAACCCUCAGGUUAACUCUUUGAGCAUUCAUUUAGUCUAAAGGACCCCUAACAGUUUGCAACAGGGAUCCACUGCAUUUUUCUUGUUGCUUAAAUUAGACAUUCCAGAAUACUGUUCACAAAGUCAAAUUCCAAACACAGUGAUUCAUUACAGUUAACCUGAUUAGUUGUGUGAUGAAACUUCAAAGAAAAAAAGCACAACCAGAAAUUUUGGCUUGUUGUAUGCUGCAAGACUGUUAAUGUUCUCGUCCUUGGAUGGUAUACUAGAGCUUUCCUGAAAUUUCUAAAUUGGUAUCUCUACCUAGGACAAGAAUUUUUAAUGUGUUGAGAAUAUGCUUCAUUUAGCCUAGAAUCGGGUGGGAAACUGCCCGCUGUUUCUACAUAAGGAUACAUUAUCCUACCCGCCCUCCCCACCUCUUUCUCAGUUUCCCUUUCUUUGUAGUAACCUCAUAGCAGCUGUUUGUACUGUGAGUGGCUUUGAUUCUUAGUUAUGGCAGAUCUUUGGAAGCGAGAUGGAAUCAUCUAACGAGGCUCAUGGGCUGAAGGCCUCAUUUCUGAUAGACCAUGCUGGCACACUUCUUCCCUUGGUUGUGUUCAAGUAAUUGAAUAUCUCACUAAGAUGCCAGUUUUUAUCCUAAAAGGUGUAAUUUGUUUUGUGUCGGAUUAUCUGGUCUCAGGGUUGUCUUCUGAGAUUAUCAUGCCCAGUUUAUUUGUAGAGUUUGUUUUUUUUCCUCACAUGAUGUGACAGAAAUUCUAACUCAAGAUUGAGGUAUAAUCUGGUUUGAAAAACCUGAUCAAAACUUAUUUUUUAACUCAGCAGGUAGCGUAGGCCAUGGCUGAAAAGAAGGGGUAAGUCCUUCAUUGCAUGAUGUGUGCAGAGUCUCCUGACUACUGAAUGUCUGAUUUUCAUAUUUGAAUUCACAUGUGUGACUUCACAUUAAUAACUUGUGCUUCUGAAAUAUCCUGACUAACUUGUUAAUAAGGAGAGAAGCCAGAUUUGCUGAAAUCUGUUCAAGACUGACAUUCUGAAACUCAGUUUAAACUGGAAAUAACUUCUUAGAGUAUUUGAGAUGGUUGGUCAGGCCUAAAAUAGCUCUUUUGAAAGCUUGAAUAUUGUAUUUGGCAAUUUAAUCUAUUAAAACACAGCUUAGUGUGUGUGCAGUCAAGCUAACCUUAAUGUUAUUGCUUUUUCUUGGGUGAAAGAGAGAAAGAGAGGACUUACACCAAAAAGGAAUAACUGUGCAUGACUUUGAAGGAGCUACAUGGAUCUCAGAAUGUGUACCCUUUACCUCCCCAGCCACGUGUUGAAAACGUGUGAUGUGUGUCGAGAAUGUCAGUCAUGAGUGUGGUGUUUCACGUCUCCCUUGCAGUGCUGCAUGGUUAGACUGUGUACCCUGAUCCUCACCUAUAUUUUUUUGCUGUGCAAGUUCAAAAAACAUAUCUGCUGAAAACUUCUAAAAUUCAUUGGUAAGAGUUGUGUUUGUUUUGAUUACCUGCUUUUGUAGGGUAUUUCUGGGACCAAACAAUUGAGCAGUAUAGGACAGAAUUUGCAAGUGAAAGUGUCUCUGGAAGAUCUGAGCGCUUUGUUUUUUAAGCCCUUUAGGCAAUUUCUAGGGCACUCUUUUUUUCCCCUUUCUCUUGACUAGUGUAGCAUGUGGCUCCUUUAAAAAACUUCACUUUCUGCUCUUAAUGCUAAUACCAACACUAUACUAUAAAUAGACUAGUGAACUGAAUUGUGUCUUUUAGUUACUUGAUCUCAUCAAGCAUAACUAAAGGGACUUUUUGAAUACUUACCUCCAAUUAAGCUUCAAUUAAAAGGGUAUUUGUUGUCCACAUUUCGUGUCUUUGAAAAUACACAGUAAUGUUAAGCAAAUACUCUGCCUACACUAGAAAAAUAGGGUGCUUUAACUGUAGACUAUUUGAGAAUUCAGUCUCUCCUUAACUGUCAAACAUUUUGGCCCAGUUGUUACUUCAGUUUGUUACUUUUGUGAAUGUGAAUAGUCUGUGUUUGUUGUUGUUAUAAUGAUUAUAUUAUGACAUGUCUGGUCUUUGGAAACAAAACAGCUCAUAGUGAAUGAUGUAACACAAUAACAGUAACCUGACAUAGGUCAUUUAACUUCCAGGAAUUUAGUUAGUUACCCAGCUGGCCCAGUUGCUGCUUUGUUGAUUGCCUUUGUGGGCUUUUGUCUGCCCUGCCCGGCCGCCUCCUGCUGUCUUACCUGGAAGCACAUACAUAGAGCUCUUGUUGAACUUGACCUCCUGCAUCACAUGCUUGUGAGCUGUAGUGCUUGCUAGACGCUUGAAGAUCUUGCCACCGUGUGCUAGGGCUCGUUGAGUUACUUGUAAAAUACUUAGUUUGAGUUGAUUACAGUGAAUUUGGGGGCCAGCAGUACACAGGCCCCUGUUCUACUGAAAAUGUGUUCCUGUCUUCCUGUAAGUCAAAGAGUUGUAGUAUUUAGAUCACUUUGAACCACAUUGUAAAAUAGCCUGUUUUAUGUUGCUGUAGCUGUCUUGUUCUGUGUUAAAGAUACUAAUUGUCUCAAUAUGAGUUUUAAAUAAACAUAUUUCUGUA